AUGGGCUCCAAACGCGCCCGGGAUGGUAAGCUCCUCCAUCAUCCAGCACCCCCCUCUCCGGCCACAGCCAUGAAUUCCACACGAUCGACGGCGCUGCCCAUCUUCGAGACGUUCCGCGACGAGCUUGAUGAGCACCAUGACCGCCGUGAGCGCAUUAUCAAGACUAGCCGCGAUAUCACCGCUCUCAGCAAAAAGAUGUAUGCCCUCCCGCUUGUCUCUAAUUGUCCGGCACUAACGAAAGCUGCUCCCAGUAUCUUCGCCCUGCAACGUAUCCGUACCGUCAAACAACCCCUGCCACCCAAGAUCGACCAGGAAAAUGAGUCUCGUUACGAACAGAUCCGGGCGCUCUUUGCGUCGGUGGUCCUCGAUCUUGCCGGAAUCAAGGCGUGGCGGUACCAAAGGCAGAUCAGCUCGGGCCUCCAAGAGUUUGUGGAGGCCAUUGCCUUUGAACACUACCUCCGAACCCAGACACUACUCACGCAUGAUGAGGCGGCCGCGCAGAUCCCCACCGGGAUCUCCCUGUCGGAGGAGGACUACUUGAUGGGCCUGUUCGACAUGACGGGUGAGGUGAUGCGGUUUGCCGUUUUGGCAUUGAGCUCGGGCAAUGCGUCCCAGGUGACGGAGUUGACGGGCGCCGACGGAGACUCCAACCGGGCCGCAACCAAAACCCCUAGACUGGCGCAAUCUCAUGCGGACCUCGUCAUAGAUUUGCGCGCCAUGCGAGCCCAGUUCGAGUCCCUCAGUAUGCCCCACCGCCACAACAUGCUACGCGAUUUUGUCAAAAAGGUCGAGGUGAUGCAGACCAGCGUGGAGAAAGUUGAGCGGGCAGCGUAUGGGGUUCUAGUCCGGGGCAGCGAGCGCCCCAGCGGGUGGACACCGGACUUGUCGGGGCCCGUCGAGGUGGAGAUUCACUGA